AUGCAGUUGGCCUCUUUCAUCGGACUCAUUGCCACUUUGACUGCGAGUGCAAUUGCCGAAGACUUGAUCUUUCGUGGAAAGGGCUUCGGCACCUAUUACUAUGAUGUCCGGCAACACCAAACGUGUGGCACUGAUUUCAGCUUUCAGAAUCAGGGAGGCGUUAUGUGCAACUGGAACUCGGUCUUGUCGCUCAAUGACAUCAAUACGAACAACCUUGUGGCUAUGAACAAUCUCCUGCUGAAGACUCAAGCGGGCCGCACUACAUAUUGUGGCAAAAGGGUCAUUGUCACGGUCAACGGCGUGACCUCCAGCACGCCCUUUUUCAUUGGCGAUGGCUGUGAGCGCUGUGCCCGCGGCUCGGAUUCUGUGUGGAACCCAGGCGCUGCGGCCGGAUUGGACUUUUCUUUCACGGCUCUUGACACCUUGUCGCCAUUGGCCUGCUCAAAUGGGCACAUUGAUAUUAGCUUCGACAUAGUGAAUGAAACUUUGUACCAUUUUGAUGUUUAA